GAGCAGAAGUUUGACAACAGCUACUGUUUUAUUGAUGACUAAGUAAACAGUGGCGAGAGGCGGAAGUUCCUCUACAAACGUACCGCAUAAUUAAUGAGGCGGCAUCAUGAAUCAUGGUAAUCCGCCUUAAUUUAGUGUGUUUCUGCCAACACGAAAAGGACAUCAGCUAUAUUUGGAAACAUUUAAUUUGACGAACGAAGUGAAGUUUCGCGUUGGAAAAGAAAUCCAAGGAGUUCCCUGUCACUGUUUACUGUACUGUACCUCUGACAACCACCCGCGUAAAAAGUUGCCAUCGACGACACCACGAACCCGGGUCCGGGACCGCGCGGAGGCUGUCGAACCCAGGGCUCACACAGCAGGGAUGCUGUGCGCAUGAGCUGCGCGCGACUCCCCAGCGCGUCUGGCUGAAGGACCGCAGUGGCACCGCGCGCACUAGCUCAACCGGCACAGGCGCGUCCCCGUGGCAACGCACGCCCCGCGUGACAGGUGGAAUGAACCGCGCCCCUUCAGCACGCCGGACAGCGCCGUCCUGGGGCUGACGGGGACCCCGCGGCGAGGACUCGACCAUGCGCUGCUGACGCCCGAAUCCCGAGCGAUGGACCCGGCGGAGAGCCUCCUGGCUCUGGUCGUGGCCGCGCUCGCGCUCCUGGCGCUGCUCUCGAACGCGCUCGUGCUGCUGUGUCUCACGUGCAGCGCCGAGAUCCGCAGACAGGUGCCGGGCGUGUUCACGGCCAACCUGUCCGUGUGCAACGUGCUCGUGGCGGCGCUCAGCAUGCCCGCCACGCUGCUGGGCAUGGUGACGGAGCGAAAGCCCGUAGGCGACCGCCUGUGCCACGCGCUCGGCUUUCUCGACACGUUCCUGAGCGCGAACGCUAUGCUGAGCGUGGCCGCGCUGAGCCUGGACCGCUGGGUGGCCGUGGUCUUCCCACUCAGCUACUCGAGCAAAAUGCGCCACCGGGACGCCGUGCUCAUGGUGGCGUGCGCGUGGCUCCACGCGCUCGCCUUCUCCGCCGUGCCGCCGCUGCUCUCGUGGGCCGACUACCACCACGCGUACGCCUCGUGCACGCUGCGCCUGAGCGCGGAGGGCGCGCGCGCCGCCUUCGCCGCCUUCACCGUGGCCUUCCACGCGUGCACCUUCGCGCUCGCGCUGCUCACGCUGUGCUUCGCGUACCUGAAGGUGCUCCAGGUGGCCCGCUUCCACUGCAGGAGGAUCGACGUGAUCACCAUGCAGACGCUCUUCCUGCUCGUGGACAUCCACCCCAGCGUGAAGCAGCGGUGUCUGGUCGAGCAGAAGAAGAGGAAGCAGCGCGCCACCAAGAAGAUCAGCAUCUUCAUCGGCUCCUUCGUCCUCUGCUUCGGCCCGUACGUGAUGACCAGGUUAGUGGAGCUGCUGCCCUUUGUGGAAGUCAGCCGGCACUGGGGCAUUGUGACCAAGUGCCUGACGUACAGCAAGGCUGCCUCAGACCCCUUUGCCUACUCACUGUUGCGGCAGCAGUACAAGAAGGUACUGGUCCAGCUCGUCAACCGACUGCUGAAGCGGGACCUGUACCCCUCGUCCGGCCACAGCACCUCCGUGGACACGGAGAACGACUCCUGCUUGCAGAGGAUCAACUAGGAGAAUGGCAUGGCACACAGAGCCCCAGCAUGCGGCCGGACAGGAUGCUGUGGAUAUGGACCAAUCCACAGAGAGCAGCAGGAGAUCGGUAUGGACAAGCCUGGAUGCGAUGGACAGACACGUGGCCCUCAAGAGCAGCGAAGGCAACCGGAGAGCCGGCAGAACUGCGGUGACUCGCAGACAUGCCAAACAGCAGCUGACCUGAGGGGAUUCGCCAUGGAGCUCCAUGGCAACAUCUGAAGAAGAAGGACAGGGACCUCAUCUGUUGUGGUGAUUCACCAUGAGUCCAGCACUAACCCAGGAUGGGAUGAGUCCCUGCAGCUCAGAGUGACAGUGGCCACUGAGCACUACUAUGUCAGCGCGCUGGAAGGUGUGGCGCUGAAGGUAGACCUCUGCUUGGACACUAGACACGUUGGCGCUACAGCAAAAGGAGAAGGUGUGAUCGGUGACUGUUUGAGGUGGACACUUAGGGGAUGCCUCCCGUCCAGCAUGAGAACAUUCUCGUCACCUUCCUCACCAGGCGUCACCCUGCAGCUCAUCACCCACAUAGUUCAGCCACUGGACCCCAGAGCACUUUACCAUUGAUCUGCAGCUAGUUGUCUCAGUAAAAGCCAAAGGCGAGUACAAUUUUUAUUAUGAUUACAAUUAUUAUUAUUGCUAUUAUCUCAGAGCAUACCGUAUGUUGUAAACUGAAUGUAUUGCCACAUCUCAGACAUAUUUGUACUUCUAUUUUGUUUGGCAGAAAUGGUUUAUAAAAUAUUUAUAUUAAACUUUUAGAGAACUUACUUUGCACCGCAUUUAAAAACAUAUUUGUUAAAAUGAUUAUUUUAUUAGCCAGAGACUAAAUUUGAGUGGAGAAUGUCACGCAGUUCAAGUGCUUUACAGAAAUGUGUUUGUCCCAGAGUUUAGUAAUAAAUAACUGUUAGAUUUUCAAUGUUCCAGUGGGAAAAAUAACAGCUUCAUGGGCCAAUGUUCAUAUGUUUCUGUUUCCACUUGGAGGA